CCUUUCAGGUUUGUCAACAGAAUAGCAUAUGUCAUGUUAGCAGAUGGAAUACCAAACUUUUUUUUUUUUUUUUUAUCUCUCGUUGAAUUUGCAGAAAAAAAAAAACGUCAUGCCCAGCUCAAAUGAAGGAAACUCUGUAGUUUCCUGCUGUAGAAGUUCCUUUUGUCAUUUUGUAGAGCAGAGCUUUGCAGGAACACAAGCAAGUACCUUUACCCAGAGAAAAAAAAACCCACAUCUUAAGGUUUUACUCCAAAAAACACCUCUCACCAGGUCUUAAUAUUAUGAAAAAAGCAACAUGUCUCAGUAAACAAACAGAGCUCAUAUGCAGAAAAAAGGUGUGAAAAACUUUGGAGUACUAUUGCUGUCGUGGGAACUGACAGAGUGAUAGCAGCUAGGUGCUAAUGGUCAUCCCAAAGUCUAUAAAGCUUCUGACAUUUUGCAGGUCUCUCCAGGGACGUUAAAACAACCCAAAGACAGAAAUUCAUCAGCAGUGAACUUAGUGAAUUCUGGCUGCCGAUCAAUAUGUCAGGAAGAAAGGGCAAAAAAAAAAAAAAAAAAAAAAAAACUUGCAGUCAGUUAUUUUGGAAGAGGGAAGAUUUUAAUCUUUGCAGGAUCAAAAGUCUAAAAAUUCAGUCUAAAAAAAAAGUCUAAUCAAAGAUUGGAUUUUGGAAUGCUCAAAGAAAUAAUAGAAAACUCAGAAAAUCCACCACUUAGAAUUUUAAAGGUUAAAGUUUCAAUAAAAAUGAAAAAAUUGUUUUUUUUUUAAAUUGGUCUUUGAUUUCCCUUGUUUCUGUAAUAUAAUGAAAAACAUCAAUUAUUAAAUCCAACUUUAUUUGUAGAACACUUUUCUGACGAAAAGUAGCUCGAAGUGAUUCACAUGCAAAAACAUUUUCCAAAUUUAAAAACCAAAACGCAAGACUAAAAUAUCACUGACAACACACGGCCACAGCUGUCUUAGCUCACUCCUACCUUGUUUUGGAGCAAAAAUAAAGUUAGAUUUGAUUUUUUUAUGACCCCCCCCUCCCAUUCUGUCACCUGAAAUGGUCUUUAGAAAGGUCACCUACUUUAUGUCAUCUGGUGUGCUCCUCUGCACUGGAGCCAGGCUGACGGUAACCUUUUGGUCAACAUUCAUAACAGAUUUACUCAGAUGUUUAUGGUUCCUGCUGGAGAGGCAGGAAUAGUCAUGGAUGCAUGCAAAUAUGAAAAAAUAGGUAUUUUUCCAUUCACACAUUUGCUGCAUCAGCAAGUUCCAGGUUGCAGUCUCAGCCAAAUACGUGAGAUGAAGUGAGAUGUUUUUCUUCUCCGUGUGGGGCUGUGGAGCUUAACUGCCACACUGAAGGCUGGACAAAAGCAAACACCCCCUUCAUACCCUCUUGAGCUGUCAGUCAAGUUUAAAGCAGCUAUAAAAGCCAGUCGUUUCCACCAGGCGGAUCUGUUGAUCUCCGACAGCCGGCUCUGCUGCUCCUCAGCGACUACAACAAACGGACAUAUCAACAAUGCUCACUUUCUAAAGAUUUACGCGCGCUGAUGGAAGUGUGAAGGCGGUGCGCGUGGCUGCCGCUCGGAGGCUCGUGCGCCUUUUUUACAAGAGGCGCGCGGAUUCUGCUGGAAGCUCCGCUCUAACGCUCUUCAGGUUGACAACACCCUGUCUGGAUGGAGUGCACGGCCAGCGGUUGGGGGUCUGAGCUCACCACGCUAUGUGCCAUGCAUGACGGCGGCGGGAACGACUCAGGUCCUGCAUUUGAGGUAGACCUGCAGAACAGCUCCUCCAAACGCAGCGCUCAGUUUGUGGGAGUGGAGCUGCUGCAGUCUUUCAAGCUGCUCAUCAUCCCCUCCUACACUGUGGUGGCUCUGGUGGGAAUCUUCGGCAACUACCUGCUCCUCUACGUCAUCUGCCGUUCCCGCAAGAUGCACAACGUCACCAACUUCUUCAUUGGAAACUUGGCUUUCUCCGACAUGCUGAUGUGCGCCACGUGGGUCCCCUUCACUCUGGCCUACGCCUUCAACCCCCACGGCUGGGUCUUUGGCCGUUUCAUGUGCUACCUGGUGUACCUCAUUCAGCCAGUGACGGUGUAUGUGUCCGUCUUCACUCUCACUGCCAUCGGUGUGGACAGGUACUACGCCACGGUGCAUCCACUGAAGAAGCGCAUCUCAGUGUUGGCGUGCACCUACCUGCUGUCUGGGAUCUGGUUGCUGUCCUGUGGCCUGGUGGCUCCAGCUGUGGCCCACACCUACCAUGUGGAGUUUAAAAAUGAAGGCUUCACCAUCUGCGAGGAGUUCUGGAUGGGUCAGGAAAGAGAGCGCCUGGCCUACGCCUACAGCACUCUUCUGAUCACCUACGUCCUUCCCCUGUCAACCCUCUGCAUCUCCUACCUGUGUAUCUCCGUCAAACUGCGGAGCUGCGUCGUACCUGGCCACCACACCCAGAGCCAGGCGGAGGCGCAGCGCAUGCGCAAGCGGAAGACCUUCCGCCUGGUGAGCCUGGUGGUGGCCGCGUUCGGCGUCUGCUGGAUGCCCAUCAGCGUCUUCAACGUCCUGCGCGACAUUGACAUUGAUUUGAUCGACAAGCGCUACUUCUUGCUCAUCCAGCUGCUGUGUCACCUGUGCGCCAUGAGCUCGUCCUGCUGUAACCCUUUCCUCUACGCCUGGCUUCACGACCGCUUCCGGGCGGAGCUGCGCAAGAUGUUCACGUGCCGUCGCCGCAUUGGCAUCUCAGCUAACAACUGCGCCACGGCCAGCGUGGUGCUGUGAACGGUCCUUAGGUUGACGUGCAUUCUAGUAACACUAAGGUGUAAUAAGAAUAAUGAUCAUCCAUGGACUUACAUUUACCUGUUGUUAACCACCAGGCUGAUCCGUGAAAACUCUGCUCAAGCUCACUAUUCCAGAAAUAGGUUGUUUUCCACACUGUCACAGUGUCUCUGUCAAACCGUGGUGUUUACAUUACUAACACUCAACCCGUCCAACGACAGCCUGACUGACUCAGAAGCAGGAGAAGGUGAGGAGCAGCCGCUGCUGACACCAGCAGACACCAGAUGUUCUCCAAACGUCUUCAGCACUUUUCCCCCAGCCUGAUAAAAGAGCAUAGAAACCCGCUGCCGUUCCAGAUGGGGAAUUUGUUUUCACAUUACACGCUCACAAAAGGGAAACCCAAUGGACCACAUCGCAUCUCAAACAGACAUUUGUCCAGGCAGCACAAACACACGUGGGAGUUUCUCCAAGACACAUUUGAGGGGACAACGCAAUCGCCUCCUACUCAGUGUUCUGCCGCCUGAUGGCCAGAGUUCGAAGUGCUAACCCGAACAGAUGUGUAACAGCUCCAAAUGGUCUAGAAUGAUUUAGAAUGAGACUAUUGAGUGUGUUUCUGCUGGUUGAUGGAAAAUAUGGUGUAAAAACGGUAUAGGAGCAUGGUAAAAAAUAAUAAAUAACCAAAACAGAAGGUAUGGAGGAACAGAAAGAACACAGUGUUUAGUGGAGGAUCUUUGCUGAGAGCAUUUUUGAAUGUCAGUAAUCAAAUCAUAACUGCUGACUCCAAAGUAUCUGAAACUAUUAACAAAAUGAAGUGCUUUGUUGUGAAUGGAGAUAAGAACUAGGCCGGGGGUGGUGCACCUGCAGAGGGAACCGUUUCUUUUUAUUCAGUUCCAGGAAGUUGUCAAAACACAGCUAGGACGAAUGAUUGAAUAAUAGAUUGGUGGCUCCUGCCACCAAGCAAUGCAAGGAUCACAGCUUCAUCUCAGAAUGCUGUAGAGGUAGAAGAGCUGAUUAAGUCAAAAAAAGGCCUUCAUGUGUAAAUGUUUGCUCAAAUGAAGCAAUGUUGGUUUGUGCAAAUAUUUUUUUUAAAGUAAGAAAAAUGUAUAAUGCAAACGGUGCUCUCAAAGCAAAUUAUGAAAAAAGCUUAAAUUGUAUUUAUUCCCGUCAAAUAACACUGGAUUGUUGCCAAAACAGGCCACGCCCAUUAUAAACACUGCUUCAGUUUAUAUAGUUUACAUGCUUAGAUACAUAUAACUAGACUAUUAUUUUUCACAUUGAGAUAGAAAUGUAGAUGUUUAGACAUAUAUUCAACAUGUCUCUCAGUUUAAGUAUGUGUAGUGGGUCUGGAUUUCUGCACAUUUCUAACUAGGGGCAGGAACAUCUCAGAUCUCUCCCAGACGGAAUCAAAGUGUCAACUGCAGGUCCAACAGAAAGCCGCUAAUGAAUACAACAAAUAUGUAUGUAGACUUUUUUUUCCACAUUUCAGUUGCAACAACUAAUGUAACAUAAUGUUAACAUACGUGGGAGAUUCUCAGCAGGAAGGAAACUAUUCUUGUAAACAUUAGUCUUAUUGUAAACUUUAAUCAACACCUGCUGUAUGGUGACAAAUCGGACCAAGAUUUCACCUGUGACCACAUUUAUGCUUUUAGUCGAUGGCCACAGGGGGCCAUUAGAGCUCAUUAUUUUUCCCCUCACAUCUCAAGAUCAUUUUAAAACGGCAAAGAUGACAACACAACUAUUUUGUUUUAAAGGUUUUAGCUCUCUGCAGAGCCAGAAAAAGGCUUUUUUUUUACCCAUUUUAAAAAGUUCCAACAUAAAUAUUAAUUUUGUUUUGAAAUAAUCUGCAUCUUGUAAAUAAAUUGAUUUAUUGUUUAUAUUUUUAAGUAUGUCUUUGUUGAUAUAUCAGUUGAUUUGAAAAUCUGAUGUGGAUUUUGUUGAAUGUUUGUUGAAAUAAACCGCAUCCUUGUUUUUAA